AUGGAAAAAAUCAUCACCGUCAAAGAAUGGUAUAUGACAAAGCCCACAGAAACACCGAUGGCGAGAUUCUACGGUCUUCCAAAAGUACACAAGUCAGAUGCUCCCCUCCGACCAAUCGUCUCACUCCGAGGCACAUCCACGUACGGGCUCGCAAAUUGGCUGUUUCAGAAGCUAAGAUUCCUAACCGAGGGCUCAGAAACAACAGUACACUCAGCAGAGCAAUUCCGCGACAAAAUAAGGGCGGUCACGAUUGAUCCGAAUGAGAGGAUGGUGUCAUUUGACGUCGCCUCACUCUUCAUGUCCAUAGCACAGGCCCUUGCGGUCGAGACGCUCAGUGACCUGAUUCGUCAGAAUUCCGACGAGGGCAAUGGUCAGCCCACAGAUCAGGAUCUCAUAGAACUAUUGAACUCAACCAUCCCCGACCUACAGUUCACGAUGGAAGAAGAAGUGGAGAUCAAACUUCCAUUUUUGGAUGUUCUCAUCUAUCGCCAACCAGACGGUAAACUGGCGACGUCAGUCUAA